AGAUGCAACCACAUUGAAAUCACAACCAAAAUCAAAAUCAAACCUUAUCUUCAGUGCCCACUUGCACAAAGCUGCCUUUCCCACAAAACAGAGAUCAUCAAUUACUUAUUCCACACCAAAGAUUGCGCCUUUGAGGUGUGGAAGGGUGAGAGCAAUGGAUGCUCAGAAGGGUGUUGCCGCUAAACCCAUUAUUAUUGAUCUGCAUGGUAUUGAUGAGAAAUUGAUUCAGAAAAUGGUGUAUGAUGCUCUUGUUUGGUGUUCUCUUCAUGGGCUUGUGGUUGGAGACAAAACUGUUCAGAGAUCAGGGAAAGUACCUGGUGUUGGCAUGGUGCACGCCCCACUUGCGUUGUUGCCCAUGUCAUUCCCAGAAAGCUACUGGAAGCAAGCAUGUGAAUUAGCUCCUAUUUUCAAUGAACUUGUUGAUCGCGUGAGUUUGGAUGGAAAAUUUUUACAGGAGUCGCUAGCUAGGACAAAGAAAGUAGAUGCUUUUACCUCAAGACUUCUAGAUAUUCAUUCCAAGAUGCUAGAAAUGAACAAAAAAGAGGAGAUACGGCUGGGUUUACAUCGCUCAGAUUAUAUGCUUGAUGAACAAACCAAAUUACUUCUCCAGAUAGAGUUGAACACAAUUUCAUCUUCAAUGCCUGGUCUCAGUUGUCUUGUCAGUGAGCUUCACAGGAGCUUGCUUAAUGACUAUGGAAAUGACCUUGGAUUAGAUUCUCAAAGGAUCCCAGGCAACGCUGCUGUCAACCAGUUUGCAGAGGCAUUGGCAAAGGCUUGGGCUGAAUACAAUAAUGACAGUUCAGUUGUUAUGGUUGUGGUUCAGUCUGAAGAACGUAACAUGUAUGACCAACUCUGGCUUUGUUCUGUGUUGAAGGAAAAAUAUCCUUUUGACUAUUUAUAAUCUACAUUACCUUAGUUAAAGAAAGGCGGUUUCUUAGUUUACCAGCAUAUUCCUUAGCUUGAUAAUACACACAAUGUGAAAACUGUUCGAAAAACAUUAGCUGAAAUUGAUAGUGAAGGGCAACUACUGCAAGAUGGCACACUUAUAGUAGAUGGAAAAGCAGUUGCGGUUGUCUAUUUUAGAGCAGGAUAUGCUCCAACUGAUUAUCCUUCUGAAUCAGAGUGGAAAGCUAGAUUACUUAUAGAACAGUCAUCUGCAGUCAAGUGCCCAUCAAUAUCUUAUCAUUUAGCAGGCACCAAGAAGAUCCAACAAGAGCUUGCAAAACCUAAUGUACUUGAGAGGUUUACCUUGGAAAUUGCACUUUCCUCUUACUAAUUCUCAUUGUGGGAUGAACCUCAUUCUCUUUGGCUGGCAUUUUCAGGAACAAGGAGAAGGUGCUAGUGAAUGACCAAUGUGGUUACUUGGUGCGAACCAAGAUAUCAUCAUCGAAUGAAGGUGGAAUUUUACCUGGAUUUGCUGUCUUGGAUAGUAUAUAUUUGACUUGAAGAACUGAGCUUCGUUGUUAGGAAGAGUUCCAAUAAAGUAUUCAACUGUCAUUAUAUACAGUAAUGAGCUGCACAGAAACAAUUCCAAACAAAUCUUCAUUUUUGCUUCAUCCAAAAAUAUGAAUCAAUCUCACAAAUCUUU